UGCGUAUUUAUAAAUAGUGUGGCGUACGAACCAGCGUACGAGUUCGUUGUGUACUGAAGAUAAUCUUCAGUCAGCCGAACGUGAAAAUGGUUGAUAUGAAAAGUAACGUGAGUUUUGCAUGCCAGAGAUGUCUACAACCUCUCAAAUUAGAUCCGAGCUUUUAUCAUCUCGGGGAACACACGCUAGCAGAACUUUCACUACCCAUCCAACAACAAGUGGUAGGUGAAAUAGAGCCUCAAAGUGGUAGCAUGGAACAUUUGGUGCCACCAUUUAAAUUGACUGAAUCUGCAAAUGGAACGAAUGGAUUCAUGCUAGUUGGAGAUUCAGGGGAAACAGAAAGCCUCAGCCAUCACUUGAAGGUACGAGCGACAUUGUUUGAUAUUCUUAGUAGCAGUAGUUCUGCCGAUCAUCCAUUGUGUGAUGAGUGCACAGAUAGUCUUUUAUUGUUAAUGGAUCAACAAUUAAGAAUGACUGAAGGGGAGUGGUCAGAUUAUAAUGAAUACCUAAAGAAAUUAGAAAUGGAACAGCAACAACAGGGUAAUGAAGAUGUAGAAAUGGAAAGUCUCGCUAAAGAAUUGCAAGAUGUGAAAUCAGAAGAAGAAAGAAUGAUAAGGGAACUAGAGGCACUGAGGAAAGAAGAAAUAGCAACUAGAAAUGCUAUAGCUCAACAAGAGAAGGAACGGGAAAGGCUACAAAGCGAGGAAGAACGGUAUUGGAAGGAAUAUUCAAAACAUAAAAGAGAACUCAUAUUAGCUGAAGAUGAAUAUCGUAGCUUGGAGUGUCAGUUAUCUUAUGCUGCUUCACAACUGGAGAGACUGAAGAAAACAAACGUAUUCAAUGCUACGUUUCACAUUUGGCAUUCAGGACAUUUUGGAACUAUAAAUUCGUUCCGGUUAGGCAGACUGCCGAGUGCGCCAGUUGACUGGAGCGAAAUCAAUGCCGCUUGGGGGCAAACUACACUGCUAUUGACAGCUCUCGCCAGAAAAAUGAAUUUGACGUUUAAACGCUUUCGUCUAGUGCCAUUCGGUAAUCACAGUUAUAUCGAAGCGUUAGACCAGCAUAGAGAGCUUCCCCUGUAUGGUAGCGGAGGAUUUAAAUUCUUGUGGGAUACGAAGUUUGACGCGGCGAUGGUAGCUUUCCUAGACUGUUUGCAACAAUUCAAGGAACAAGUGGAGAAAGGAGACAGUGGAUUCUGUCUCCCAUACAGAAUGGAUCGUGGGAAGAUAGAAGAUUCUGCAACAGGCAAUUCUUAUUCAAUCAAAAUACAAUUUAAUUCGGAAGAACAGUGGACCAAAGCACUGAAAUUUCUGCUGACUAAUCUAAAAUGGGGUCUCGCUUGGGUCAGUUCCCAAUUCACAAAAGACGAGGCUGAACAUUGACUCGAAUUUAAUUUAUGCCAAUUCAUCCAGUCUUAAUCAUACACCCUCUUUUGCAUUCUCUUAUGUACAUAUACGUUAUUUGUAAAUAAACUCAGGUAAAGGAAAA